CAGCCACUACGUACGGCACCAAUUAUGUCUACGGCCUCUUUCAUCAAAACCCUGUACUUGUUUUUCUUUUGCAUUCUCUUUUUCUUGUUUUUCUUUGGCAUUCUCUUUAGAAAACGUAGAGGAUUCUACAAAAACCAUGCAACGACACAGUUUAAAUAUCAGAAGUGUCGUUCUCUUGCUCUUAGAUCAGACCACCUAGCAAGCCAGACUUUGAUCUUCGACGUGGAAGGAGCUUUGCUAACAUCCUUCUCCUUGUUCCCAUACUUCAUGCUCGUGGCCUUUGAAGGUGGAAGCUUAUUAAGGGCUCUUUUCCUCCUUCUUUCGUACCCUUUUACUUGUUUGUUCAGUGAAGAGACGGGGUUGAAGAUUAUGGUCAUGGUUUGCUUCUUUGGGAUCAAGAAAGAGACCUUCAGAACUGGAAUUAAUGUUCUGCCAAAGUUUUUCUUGGAAGACGUUGGAUUGGAGAUCUUUGAGGUGCUGAAGAGCAGCAGUGGGAAAAAAGUAGGUGUGACUCAGCUUCCUCAAGUAAUGGUUGUGGGCUUUUUGAGGGAUUAUUUAGAGAUUGAUGUUGUAGUCGGGAGAGAGCUGAAGGUGUUCAAUGGGUAUUUUGUGGGACUCAUGGAGGAGAAGAAGGAUAUUAUUGGUUUGGAGGAAAUUCUUGAAGAGGAUAACAUGAUUGGCAUUACUGGCUUCACAAAAGUUCUUGGUCACCAUUUGCUCUCCCAUUGCAAGGAGAUUUAUUUGGUUGGAGAAGGUGAUAAGAGGAGAUGGCAAAACCUCCCAAGAGAGAAGUACCCAAAACCAUUGAUCUUUCAUGAUGGUAGAAUGGCUGGGGCACCAACCCCGCUGGACGCUCUAGCCAUAUUCAUGUGGAUGCCAUUUGGGUUAAUCCUUGCCAUUUUCAGGGUCCUUAUUUACCUAUCACUGCCCACCUUCGUGUCUCACCCUCUUAAUGCCUUCGGCGGCAUGCACCUCACAGUCACGAUGCCCGACGAAAGCUCAAGCUCAAGCUCAGUUCCAAACACCAAGGAAGCUAAACCCAAAGGCCUCGUUUAUGCAUGCAAUCACAGAACGCCGAUGGACGCUCCUUACCUUGCUGUGAUUUUCAAUAAAAGAAUCAUCGCGGUCUCCUACAGCGUAAGCAGAAUGUCAGAGAUAUUAUCGCCCAACAAAAUGGUUCGAUUGACGAGGAAUCGCGAUCAAGAUGCGAGGAUAAUGGAGAGCUGGCUAAAUGAAGGGGACAUAAUUAUUUGCCCCGAAGGGACCACAUGUAGAGAACCUUAUCUCUUAAGAUUUAGUCCCUUGUUUGCAGAAUUGAGUGAAGUGAUAGUGCCCGUUGCAAUGGACGCCCGCGUUACUAUGUUUCAUGGUACAACUGCGAGCGGGCUCAAGUUUCUGGACCCGAUCUUCUUCUUCAUGAACCCAGCACCAGCUUACACCGUUCGAGUCCUUGACAAGGUAUCUGGUUCGCCCACUUAUAAGAAUGGGGAGAAGUCAAAGUUUGAUGUGGCUAACCAGGUUCAGGGUGAGAUUGCCAAGGCUCUGGGGUUUGAGGGCACCAAGCUUACAAGAAGAGACAAGUACAUGUUAUUGGCAGGUACGGACGGGACUGUUUCCCGGUAAAUUAAGAUGCAACAAACAAUUCUCCUGAAAAUUACGUACCGUUAGUUCUGGCCGGCCGGCGGCCGGGGCCUAUACGAGGGAUUCAUAAUAUCAUAUAGUACGUCCCCACAAAUUAUCAUUAAAUAAUUCCCAUUUACGUUAAGUACUCUCGUAGCUAGCUAUAGGUACGGACUGCCGUAUGUAAAAUAAGGAAGCAUGAGGUCCAUGCAUGCGUAAUCAGUACUGUAUCUGUAUGUAGGAAUGAGGCUUAAUUAAAGUGGUUUGUGCACCA